AUGGCGGCAUCACUGUUCACCUUCUCCUCCACCUCAAGAAGAGUUGUCCCAGCUCCAAACUCGCCUCCUCUUCCCAUAUACAUCAAAGCCACCAACGUAGUUUUCAACCCUGAUAUUCCAGAAGCUCAUCGAGGUCUUGGACUUGAUGAUUUUGUUAAUUUCUUAACUUCCUGCCGACUCCGAUACGCAAUCAGUGACGUUCCAUCAGAGUUCUUUCCCGAACAAGUAUGUGAAUUCUACUACACUGCAACAAUUAAUGAUGAAAACAAUGCCAUCUCCGGGACUAUUGGUCGUGGAAGACACUCAGUCUUCAUUACCGCUGACCUCCUUAGUGCUGUGCUCAGGUUACCAAUCUUUGAACCAUUCUCAGAGCUUCCAUCUAUUGAAUGUUGUAGACGUCUCUUUCAUCAACUGGGAUAUGAUCACUCUAAGGCUGGUACUCGAUCAGCUCUCAUUCUGCGUCAGUGCAUGACUCCAGGAUGGAAGUUCUUCACCGGUGCUCUGUGUAAGUGUGUGGGUCACAAAUCUCGCAGUGGUGAUCAACUGAGCACGUAUGAACAACAAGUCUUCUGUUCCCUUCUUCUCAAAAAAUGCCUUGAUUAUGGGGCUUUCUUCUUUGAUCAGCUUGUCCAACUUCUUCGUGCAAAUGUACGCGCUGAUCAUGUCCCCUUUCCACGCUGGAUUGCUCUUGUGCUAGAUAAAUUUUUCGCUGAAGCUUACUAUUCACAUUCUGGGAACCCCAUCCAAUGCCCUCGCAUGUCAGUGCGAAUUUAUCAGGAUGAUCCAUUGGACACCGAUAUCGGCAUCUCUGAUUGGAUGAGAGAAUGGAUGGCAAAUCCAUAUACUGUUCCUUCACUCACCGUUGAUACUGAUGAAGGAGCUGAUGGUAACAACGAAGAUCAUGCUGAUCAAGAAGCUGAAUCACAGAAUGGUGGCCAUCUCUCCCCUCAACUCUCUCAUCAUACUCUCUCUGACACUGAGCGAGGUCACUCAACUCAAGGGGAGCCAUUAUUUCAGGGGGAGCAACCAUUCCAGGGGGAGCCACCAUCUCAGGGGGAGCAACCAUCCCAAGGGGAGCACCCUUCUCCGGGGGAGCAACCUCGCUCACCAGAAGUUCCAGGUAUUUUCUUGCCAACUCCUUCCCCUGGCCCACAACAUGAUGAUGAUCAAAAAGGGGGAGAAACUGAUGAUGAUCAAAACGAGGGAGGCACUAAAUCUGUUGAUCUUGAAUCUGCAGACAACACUUUAGUCCAGACUGAGCCACCACAGUCGAUGCACGAGUCUGAUAGACCAGCUGCUGACGACUCAGAUAGACCUGCAGAUAUUGAACAGAUUGCUGAAGAUAGUGAGCAUGAUGAUGAGUGUCAGAUGUUGGACAUGAACUUCAUUAAUCCUACUAUUCCAGCUCAAGGAGAAGCCUCAGAGGAUAAUGAAGAUGAACAUGAUGAUGAAUGUCAAAUGCAAGAUAUGAAAUUCAUUGAUCCUAUUAUGCCAGUCCAAGGAGAAGAUUCAGAUGUAGCUAGUGAGGAUACUCAACCUCUAUCUCGCAAGCGCAAGAGGUGUUCUUGA